GAAUAAUGGUCAUUAUACGCAGAAUCGGCAUGGCAAAGCAGAGCAGCAGCCGACCCAAGGAGGGGAGGUUAUACUGACAAUUUUCUGCUCUUUAUUUUGCUGGAAAUUGUCGCGCCACAGAAUAGGUUUAAAAUGUUUCGCAAACUAGUGUGCAGAUUAAUACGACCCGCUGGUUACCCACAGGCUGUUGCCCGAUUUAGUUCUGUUCAAGAAACUUAUCCAGAUGAAGCUAGCAAAGCUUCUCAACAAUAUUUUAACACUCCAAUGAUAGUUGAACGGAAAUUGGAGUUCCCUACCAAGGAUGGUCGCUCGAGAAGAGCUUGGGUUGAAAAUAUAGAUUCAGUCGAGGAAAGGAAAGUGGGUAUGAUUGACUUGCAUCCAGAGAUUUUUGCCGUCCAGCCCCGAAUCGAUAUGAUCUGGGAAAAUGCAAGGUGGCAGAUGAAUUAUAGGAAAGUGAAUUUAGUUCAAGUAAAUUCGAGAGCUGAAAUGAGGGGCGGAGGUAGAAAGCCCUGGCAACAAAAAGGCUUAGGAAAAGCUCGUCAUGGCAGUAUACGUUCUCCUAUUUGGUACAAUGGAGGCAGCGCUCAUGGUCCAAGAGCCCCAACAACUAAGUUCUACAUGCUUCCAAUGCACACUCGUCUAUUUGGUUUGAAGUCUAUGCUUUCAAUAAAGCUUGCUCAGGAUGAUUUACACAUUGUCAAUUCACUUGACAUACCCACCAAUGACCCCACAUACCUCCUAGAUCUAGCCGAAGAACGACUUUGGGGACCAUCAGUUCUAUUUAUUGACGACACUGAUUUAGCUCCCGAAAACUUUGCUGUAGCAGCUGACUCAAUACCACACAUGACCAUCAUGCCUGUUUAUGGUUUGAAUGUAUUCAGUAUGCUGAAGCACGACACUUUAGUCCUCACCUUGGCUGCGGUUGAAAGAAUUGAGAAGCAAAUGUUAUUUUUCAUGAACAGGGCUGACAGAGCAAAGUUUGGCAGGAAAUUCCUGACAAGUCAAGUGUAAGGCUCCCGUGGGCCAUUUCUGUUAUCAUUAAUUUUCUGUUGAAUAUACUUUCUAAAUUAGGUGUCCAAAAUA